AAGCAACAGGAGAAGGUUUACGCGCGGCACGGCACUGUGGAGUCCAGCGGCGUUUGUGUGGGAGAUAAACGGAAACCCUCGCAGUCAUCUUGAACCGAGAGCUCGAACAAGUCUCAAUUAAUAAACUUUCUCAACAUGGUGAAUCCCAGACAACGGUGGAGGAUGUACAAGACGGUAGCUCUGAUGUUCUUUCUGGCUGUGCUGAUGAUCAGCGUGGUUCACAGAGGAUUUGACAGCAAAAGAGGGGACUUGCAGAUCGAGAGGAAUGCACGCAUGCAGAAAGAAACGAUAAAAUAUUGGAAAGAAAAUCAGGACAAAUCGACUGAAGUCAGCAUAGAACCUCUAUAUGAAAGAGACGUAGCCAGAACAUGGGACAUCACAAGCACGAACUGCAGCGCUCACACAAAUAUUUCUUCUACAGAAGGUUUCGAUGCUCUGGAGCAGAACUUUAAACAGUUUCUCCUCUACAGGCACUGCAGAUAUUUCCCCAUGAUCAUCAACCACCCAGAGAAAUGUUCCGGAGACUUGCACCUCCUCAUGGUAAUAAAAUCCAUUAUAUCGCAGCACGACAGACGUGAAGUGAUCCGGCAAACCUGGGGAAAGGAGCAGGUUAUAGACGGCAAGAAGAUCAAGAUUCUCUUCCUGUUGGGAACUUCCUCCAAUGAAGUGGAGAAGGCGAACCACCAGAAGCUUCUGGAAUACGAAGAUUAUAUCUACGGCGACAUCCUGCAGUGGGAUUUCAUGGAUACGUUCUUCAAUCUCACCUUAAAGGAGACCCACUUCCUGAAAUGGUUCUCCACCUACUGUGGGAACGUGCGCUACAUUUUCAAAGGGGAUGACGAUGUCUUCGUUAGCGUGACGAACAUACUUGAGUAUCUGGAGACCAGCAAGAACAUGAAGGACCUGUUCGCCGGAGAUGUCCUGUUCCAUGCGAAGCCCAUCCGACGGAAACAGAACAAGUAUUACAUCCCACAUGUGCUGUAUAACAAGACGCAUUACCCACCCUAUGCAGGAGGUGGGGGCUUUUUGAUGGACGGCCCACUGGCACGACGGCUCUAUUCGGCAUCAGAAAUGCUGAAUCUGUUUCCGAUUGAUGACGUGUUUCUCGGAAUGUGCUUAGAGGUGCUUCAGGUGACACCUAUAAAACACAACGCGUUCAAAACCUUUGGCCUAAUGAAGGAUAAAAAGAGCAAAAUGAACAAAGAGCCUUGCUUCUACCAGAGCAUGAUCGUGGUCCAUAAACUCCUCCCUCAGGAGCUUCUGGACAUGUGGAGGUUGGUCCACACUGACCUCGUUUGCACACAAAACCUCGAGCUGUUACAGGAAGCAUCAAAAGUCAGAAGCAACUUUAAUGGCAUGUAACUAGAUUUGAUGUAACCGCACUUGCCUUAAGCUCGUCUUGGAGUCCAAAUGAAUUCUGACUAGUGCUGUACUCUUACAGCCAUUUACCUAAUGAGUUAGCAAACGAUUAGUAGCUAGGCUACUAAUUAUUUUCGCUGACAGUUGCAUCAGUAUGAUAUUAAUUUGCGACACGUCCUUGUUUACAUAAAGGCCAGCAAGUGUAAGAUGUUUUUUUAGGUGCACACUGAAUGACAAUUUUUUGACCGAGUUCCUCCAUUUUGCUUGGCGAAAAAAAAAAAAAAACGUGUGCCGUUUGGAUGGUAACGCAAAGAACUUUCAAUGUGUUUAAAGCAGCAUUGCAUGUCCUUCCUGGAGAGGGCGGUUUUGAUACGAGUUUUAUGAAGGUUAAACAUUUUUUUUAGUGAUAUUAUUAUUAUUAUUAUUAUUAUUAUUAUUAUUAUUAUUAUUAUUAUUCUUUUUUAAGUACACUGUGGUGAUGAGGGUAUUAAUUGAUUCUUGUUUAUAAUUUUUUUUUCUUAUUUGAUUUGUAAAUGUAUUUUAAAUAGCAUUAGAUGUUCUAAUGAAAUAGAAGGGAGCAAAAAAAUUUCUCUACCUCACUCAUGGAGUUCUGAAGGCUGUAUGAACUAUUUUUGUUUUGUUUUAAUCUAAAGCAAUGUUUUGUUAUGGUUUUUUCUUCAGUUUUUAACAUGCCUUCCUGCACUUUCCCCUUGAACUGCUAAUGUGAGGUUUAUUAGAUGAGCAUGAUAGGGAGUUGACAUCGCUGUUCUCUGCCAAGAGGAGAAUCAGAGAAGCAACCAAAUGGACAAGAGAAUCUCUCAGCCUGGUGCUACCACCACAAUGCUUCAACUUGGUUGUAACUACAAAAUGGGGGAAAUUUGAACGGGGUGAAUACUUCUACACGGUACUCUAUAUUGGAGCAAUACAAGAUUUGAAUGUUUAUUAGGUUUUACUUGUCGCUUCUGAUCAUGACUGUUCGGUAGUUCGCUUUUCAUGUAGUUCAUACAAAAAUGUCAAUUUUUGAGGAAACUAUACCCUACACACACUGCUCCAUAUGCUUUAAUUGCCCAUCCACUUCCCAUAAAGUGUGUAACAUGUGCAAAGGUACUUU